AUGGAUGAGGAAUACGACGUUAUCGUUCUCGGCACCGGCUUGACCGAAUGUAUCCUCUCCGGAUUGCUCUCGGUAGAUGGCAAGAAGGUGCUUCAUAUGGACCGCAACGACUAUUACGGUGCAGAGUCUGCCUCGCUCAAUCUGACCCAGCUCUAUAGCAAGUUCCGCGAGGUGGCUCCCCCCGCGGAGCUAGGACGCGACAGAGACUAUGCAGUUGACCUCAUCCCCAAAUUCAUCAUCGCAUCCGGUGAACUCACCCACAUGCUUGUACACACGGACGUUACCCGUUACCUCGAGUUCAAGCAGAUCGCAGGGUCCUUUGUCUAUCGCGACGGCAAGAUCUCCAAGGUCCCUUCCACCGAACUCGAAGCCGUCAAGUCCCCGCUUAUGGGUCUCUUUGAAAAACGCCGCGCCAAAAAGUUCUUUGAGUUUAUUCAGAGCUGGAAAGAUAAAGACCCAGCUACUCAUCAAGGGCUCGACUUGGACAAGGACUCGAUGAAGAAGGUCUAUGAGCAUUUUGGACUUGAGCCUGGUACGCAGGACUUUAUCGGACACGCUAUGGCCCUGUACCUUGACGACGACUAUAUCCAGAAGCCCGCUCGCGAAGCCAUUAACCGUAUUGUCCUUUAUACCCAGUCCAUGGCUCGCUAUGGGAAAUCGCCAUACAUCUACCCUCUCUAUGGUCUUGGAGAACUUCCUCAGGCAUUCGCUCGCUUGUCCGCCAUUUAUGGAGGAACAUACAUGCUCGAUAAGAAGGUCGAUGAAAUUGUUGUCGGAGCAGAUGGCAAGUUUAUUGGCGUCAGGUCAGGAGAAGAAACUGUCAAGGCCAAGCAAGUCAUCGGCGAUCCUUCUUAUUUCAGGUCCGAAGGGGAAGGCAAGGUUCGCGUGUUGGAAGGCCAAAAGGUCGUCCGUGCUAUUUGCUUCCUCAAGCAUCCUAUCCCGGGCACCGACGACGCCGACUCGGUCCAGAUUAUCAUUCCCCAGAACCAGGUCAAGCGCAGGAAUGAUAUCUACAUUGCGAUGGUCUCUUCGACACACAACGUUUGCGCUAAGGACGUCUAUGUCGCGAUCGUGAGCACAAUCGUCGAGACUGACCGUCCGGAGCAAGAAAUUCAACCCGGUCUAUCUCUCCUUGGGCCGAUUCACGAGAAGUUUAUCUCGGUCACUCAGCUCUACGAGCCCACUUCCUCGGGUACAGAAGAUAAUAUCUUCAUCACCCGUUCCUACGACGCUACGUCUCACUUUGAGACUGUCGUUACUGACGUACACGAUGUCUGGAAGCGUGCAACCGGCAAGGACUUGGUUAUCCAGAAGCGUGAACUGCAAGCUGCCGAGUAA